GACACGCGGCACCGGCGAGAUGUGGAGGGUUGGGGGCUUGGACGAGGCGGAACUUCUAGAACUCUGCAAGUCCUGAUUCACACAGCAGCUGUCCAGGGCUCCCGGUCAUGAUGGCACUUACCUGGAUCUCUGUCGUUACCUUUCUCGUGCUUUCCUCCAUUUACUGCAUUGUUUCACAUCACGAGCCAGAGAUGUGGUUCCAAAACCUCUUCCCGCCUAAGGUGUGUCCUGCCAAUGCCAGCAUGGAUACUUAUUAUGGUAUCAUGUUUGACGCGGGAAGCACGGGGACACGAAUUCAUAUUUACACCUUUGUACAAAGAAGCCCAGAAAAGCCUCCAGAAUUAGAAGGGGAAAUUUUUGAAUCAGUCAAACCAGGUCUCUCAGCUUAUGCAGAUCAACCUUGGAAAGGUGCUGAAAGUGUAAGAGGAUUGUUAGAAAUGGCCCAGGAGGCUGUGCCACCUAGCCAUUGGAAGAAGACCCCAGUAGUAUUGAAAGCCACAGCUGGUCUGCGGCUGUUACCAGAGCACAAAGCCCAGGCUCUGCUCUCAGAGGUCAGGGGAGUCUUUGAGGAAUCACCCUUUCUAGUCCCCACUGAUAGUGUUAGCAUCAUGGAUGGAACAUAUGAAGGUAUUCUAGCUUGGAUCACUGUGAACUUCUUGACAGGGCAGCUGUAUGGCCAGAAGCAGCAGACAGUGGGAACCUUGGACCUCGGAGGAGCCUCAACUCAGAUUACAUUUUUGCCACAACUAGAGGAUACCCUGGAACAAACACCAGUGGAUUUCCUUUCCUCAUUUGAAAUGUUCAACAGCACUUACAAACUCUACACACACAGCUAUUUAGGUUUCGGGCUGAAGGCUGCACGACUAGCAACGUUAGGAGCCCUGGAAAUGGAAGCAGCAGAUGGGCAGACAUUCCGAAGUUCCUGUUUGCCAAAACAGCUGGAAGCAGAGUGGCACUUUGGGGGAGUGAGAUAUCAGUACGGGGGCAACAGAGAAGGAGAAACAGGAUUUGAAUCUUGUUAUUCUGAAGUCCUGAAGGUUGUACAAGGGAAACUGCACCAACCAGAUGAGAUACGCAGAAACUCCUUCUAUGCCUUUUCCUAUUUCUAUGAUCGGGCUGUGGACACUGACCUAAUAGAUUAUGAAAAAGGUGGCAUUUUAGAAGUGCAAGACUUUCAAAGAAAAGCCAAAGAAGUGUGUGAUAACCUGGAGAGGUACAGCUCUGCCAGCCCCUUUCUGUGUAUGGAUAUCACUUAUAUUACAGCCUUAUUAAAAGAAGGAUUUGGAUUUGGAGACAGCACAAUGUUACAGCUGGCAAAGAAGGUGAACAACAUAGAGACAGGCUGGGCUCUGGGUGCUACCUUUCAUCUUCUGCAAUCCUUGGGACUUUCCCAGUGAGAAGGCAUUGUCUGCAGAGUACCUUUUUGGAAACAAGAACAUGAUGUUCUGAACAGUGUACAGACC